AUGGGGGAGGCGUUGAAGUCCAGGCCCAUGUGCCACCGAAAGAGGAAGCGCCGCACUUUUAACUCGGCAGUCCGCCGCUCCACUCCCAUCAUAAUUUCAACCAACCUCUUCGCGUUGUCAGAGCGAUUCCCCGAAGAGCACCAGGAACUCGCGACAAUGCUUAUCCCCAAGGAAGACCGCAAGAAGAUCCACGAGUACCUCUUCCGCGAGGGUGUACUCGUGGCUAAGAAGGACUUCAACCUUCCCAAGCACGGCGACAUUGACACCAAGAACCUCUACGUGAUCAAGGCCUGCCAGUCCCUCAACUCCCGCGGCUACGUCAAGACCCAGUUCUCGUGGCAGUACUACUACUACACCCUCACCCCCGAGGGUCUCGACUACCUCCGUGAAUGGCUUCAUCUCCCCGCUGAGGUUGUCCCUGCUACCCACAUCAAGCAGCAGCGCUCCCACGCUCCCCCUCGCGGCAUGCUGGGUGGUGAGGAGCGCGAGCGUCGUCCCCGUCCUCCUCGUGAGGGUGGCUACCGUCGCCGCGAGGAAGGCAAGGAAGGUGGCGCCCCCGGCGAGUUCGCUCCUAGCUUCCGUGGUGGAUUCGGCCGUGGCCGUGGCGCUCCCCCUUCUUAA